GUGACACAGCUGUCAGUGCUGCUGGAGACCACGUGGUGUGUGUGAGCCGAUCAGCUGACUCCGCCGGGGGAGGAGGAGGAGGAGGAGGAAGAGGAGAGAGAAGAUGGAAGGGAACCGAGACGAGGCAGAGAGGUGUUUAAAUAUCGCGACCUCAGCCCUGGAAGCUGGAGACAAGGAGCAGGCGGUGAAGUUCCUGAACAAAGCGCAGCGGCUGUUCCCGACCGACAGAGCCAAAGCUUUGUUGGAUGCAUUAACGAAGAAUGGGAGCUCUGCGGGUAAUGGCGCAUACAGAAGGAGACCAACAGAAAGCUCGGACAGCACCGGCGCCCGACCAGACAGGGAAAGCCAAGAAUCUGGAGGAGGUGAUUCGGCUAAAGGCUUCACCAAAGACCAGGUGGAAGGUGUGCAAAGCUGGCAUCAAUCAGAGUCAAGUGCACACACCUUCACCAACGGCAGAACGAGCUACAGCCAUCAGACAGAUCACCGACAAGAGAGAACAGAAGAAAGAGGAGAUGGUGGUUUCUCAAUGAUUAUCCAGUUGAUGCCCAUUGUGGUCCUGAUAUUAGUGUCGAUACUGAGCCAGAUGAUGGUUUCCCCCCCACCUUACAGCCUCUACUCUAGACCGUCCACGGGUCAGACCUUAAAGCGACAGACAGAAAACCUGCACGUCGACUACUAUGUCAGUAAAGAUUUCAAGUCUGAGUUUAAAGGCUCGGCGCUGCAGCAGAUCGAGAAAAAUGUGGAGGAGGAUUAUGUAGCUAAUGUCAGAAAUAACUGUUGGAAGGAGCGACAGACAAAAACAGACCUGCUGUACGCUGCCAAGGUGUACAGGGAUGACCGCAUGCGCAAGAAGGCAGAGCACCAGACCAUGGAUAACUGCAAGGAGCUGGACAGACUAAAUAACCUAUUCAGAGGAGGAUGAGCUGGACGCUUUUAGCUCAUACAAAUGUAUAUGAAUAGAUGUGUAUGUUCAUGUUUUUUAAGGAAGAGUCUUUACACUAGGAGCAAAAUCUUAAUAUAAUUUAGCUCUAAUGUCAGAAAUUUAAAAAUUGUCGAUCUCCUCAAAUCCUCCACCAACUACGCUUCUUCAUCACUCCAGCCUGACCCCAGGAAUCGCCUUGUUACGCCUUGUUAUGAGCCAGUCUACACACACACACACACACACACACACUGUAGAACACUUCUGACCAUAUACUUUUGUUUACGCACCGUUUUCUCGUGUUUUCCUGGAAACAAGGACAAGGACUCUUGAUUGUGUAAAGGCAUGAGCUUUGAGUAGUGACUCAUAAGAAAAUCACUGUCUUUAAGAUCAACCAACAGCUUUCAUCAUCAUCUGUGUGACAUAAAUAUAUGAUUGGAGAUUUUGUAGGUUCGUCAGCUGGUGUUGAUCCCCAGAAAAAAUCCACUUUUGAAGAACUCAGAAACAGAAGAAAGUAAAGAACACUGAAUGCAUCUUUUAGCUUCUUUAAUUCAAGGUGCGGAUGAAGAUCACUGGAUCAUGAGGAGCUAUGUAUGAUUUUUGCCACUUGAGAACUUUUUUAUGUUGACUGCUUGACAAUGUGAAGAUGGUUGGGACCUAACACAGAAGGACACAGAAACUUCUUCAUAAAUGGUUGUAUAUUUUCAUUUUGGAAUGUUUGAAAUGUAUGCAGUUAUUUAAGUAACUAUAGAAGAAAAGGGUUUUUCUUUAAUGCUCGCCUAACCAUUUAAAUAAAGUAAAAUUAUUACCAUAGACUGGAUGUAUUUGUUUCUCUGAUUCAGAUGUAAAAGCCUCAGUUCAUCUUUUCUCACUUGGAGUUUAUCAAGUGGUGAAAAAUUGCAUCAUGAGAUUUUUGUGACAGUGGACUGGUAUGUUUCUAUACUACAAAAUAAAGCUGCAAUGACAAGUCGA